AUGCUUCAGCUCAAGACUAUCCACGAUGCGCGCCGGCACCGCGCACUCCCCUCGGCCCGCCUCGUCGCCCACUCGAACUCGCCCCUCCUCGCCCCGAGACGCGCCGCCCGUGACGGUGCAGCGAGCGGCCCCGGCGGCGGCGGGUGCGGCGCGGCAGCGCGCUCGUGCAGCGGUGCGGCGAGGGCAGGGCCAGGGCAGGGCAGGGCCAAGCUGCUCAAGGUGGCACCGCCGCCGACAGUCGAGGUCGAGGGCCACGUGCGGCAGGAGGACGGGCGCGAGGUGACGUCGCAACCGGCGGCAGCUUUUGAUGGGUCGGAUGCGAGGGUCGACGAGCAUGCUGGACCGGCUGCGAUGGCCGAUGAAGCGGCAGGACAUGCGGCCGCCGCACCUCGAGAGGAAGCAGUUCCUCUCGACGACGCUCCUCGUCGCCGACCAACGCGGACAAUCUCGCACGACUUUGAGCUGGUUCUCCCCGGCGGCUCGACCGUCGACGGCGGCGUCGACACGCUCGCCGUGUGCUCGCCCGCCGACGAGGACGAGUGGGAGUUCCUCUCGCUCGACCAGGACGACACGGUACUCGCCAAGCCGACGCUCGAGGCCCCAAGCCCCGCCUCGACUGCAGCCGGCGGCGCUCGUCCACCUUCCACCGGCGCAUGA